UUCAAUUCAAUGUAGGUUUUUUUUCCAUUUUAAGAUAGGUUUACUGGCGGAACAUAAGUAGAUUUGAAGGAAAUGGCUGUGGUCAUAUUUAAUGGGAUGGCUGUUACCCCAGAUAUGUGCGCCAUUAUGUUUAAGGACAACAUUUAUCAACAUUUACCCAUUUGAACAACUCUAGCUAUAUUUCUUAAUUUCUUUGAGUUUUCCCUGAUAUCUGCGUGCACCGUCUGACUUUCUGUUGUUUUAUGUUUCCUUUGACAUUUGUUUUGAACUUUUCCUUUUAUAGCUGACACUGAGUAUAGCAGCGGAUUAGCGCGGGUACAGGCUAAACAACAUUUUCAGCAACGUUGUGCUCAGUCUACUAAAUGAAGAAGUGUUAAAGUAACAAAUAAAAUGUCCAUUUAUGGCUAAUUGACCAUUGUGAACUGUCACCAUUAAGUAUCAAAUGUAUUGGGUGAUGUUUUCAUAUUUUGAUUCAAAAUAAGACUUAUUUUGAUUUUUUUUUUUUUUCUUCUUAUUUCUUCUAUGUUUUCAUAAUUAUGCCGUGAACAUGGAAGUUGUUAUUUACUAUUGUAAAUACAGUAAAUAAAUAUAUCUGAAAUUAUAGGAACACACAAUGAUUCUCAAAAGAUGUUGUUUGUUCUGUUGGUUCAUAUGUCCCACUGCCACAACUGUACAUAAUAUGGCAACGUGGUAGAGAAGACACCAUGUGCCCCUCCGGAUAUUAUUUCACGGUAAGGCACAUGGGUAGAACCAUCGGCCUUCUGCCAGCUAGCUGGUUGGCGUUUUCACAAUAGAGAAUUCCACAUCCCAAGCAUAGUUUUGAACCCACAUCAGGCUAGUAUUUAGAAGUCAAAGACCUUAAUUUAAAUGACAACGGAGAACUCACAUAUAAGAAUAAAUAGUGGCUUAGGUAGACUAUCAUUUUAUUAAACUGUUGCUGUGGGCCUUUAUGAAAUAUUACGUAAAUGUGACACGAGUUUCAAGUGAAAUUUUCUUGUUGCUUCAUGGUGUUAUUAUCGGUAAAAAUAACAAGUGGUAAUACGAUAAAUAAUGUACCUCUAUGCCUUUGGUGGAGACGUUAGUUAUUAUGUUACGUUUACAGUGUUAAAUUGCUUUUUAUGGUUUUCCAAUGAUGUAAAGGACCCAGGGAUUUAACAGGGAGAGAGACAUAUAAACCCGAGGAGGGUUUUAAAGUUCUACUAUAGCCAGCUUGUCAUAUUGUCUAACGCUUUCGAUUUUGUAGGCACUUUUUAUAUAAAUAAGUCAUGAAUCACUUUUAUAUGUUUAAAUCAAGCGGCACUCUGCGAAAUCUUUUAAAUUUCUAUAAUGAACUUGUCCUUCUUUCAAUUUGGACAGUACCAUUAACUGUUAAAAGGGGUGCAUACCAAAAUGCUGACAGAAUGGUGAACAGUGCAGAUCAUGAUCAAACUGCAUGGAUAUGCGGCUGAUCUUGAUCUGCACUGGUCGCAAAGGCAGAAUAAAUCGUGUCCAGUACAACAAGGGUUGAAGUUCUUGAAGCAUAUAAAAAAUUUAAACGCUACGUAAACGUUUAAACAAAUGUAAAAUCACUCAAAGUUUGGAAGGAUAAUGAAUUGGUGUUGGAUAUGUAAAGUAUUUAUUUAAAAUAACUCUUCCACAUCUGUGACAGCCCUGAAUACAUCAUCAUUAGUUUAUUACACCUUUAAACUGGGUGUGCAAAAUGAUUCUCCGAGGUGUGUUUGCAGUUGGAUUAUUUUCAUUCGCUUUUCUUACAUGCGUUAACCAAAUGGAAGUUUUCGCGGUGAUGCACGAAAACAGAGAAAACUACGUAAAAUACAACGUCUUGUCACGUCCAAUUAAAGAGGAUGUGUUACGCUUACGAUACUGCAGCUGAGUUGCGUGGAUACAAAGAAAACUACGCUUUUAGCAACGUCGAGCCCAGUCGAGUUAACGGAGAAGUGUUAAGUUUCAGGCGACACAGGCGAGGACUCACUAACAUGGACCCUGCUAACCGGGCCACAGAUUUGCCCACAACAACAGUGAAAACAACAUCUACAGGCCCCCCACCAACUGAUACACCUUUUACAGAGGCGACCACACCGAAAGUGACGACAACUAAAGUCACAACACCGAAAGCGACGAAACCUAAAGUGACGUUAAUAGAACAGCUGAAAAACAUAAAAUGUAAACAAAAAAGUGGUUGGCUAGGGAUAAAGUUCUGUACUUCAUUCUAAUGGAUAGUUGUGUUAACUCUAAGACUUCUGGUAGCUUUGAUUUAAGAGCGUUAAAAUGGGAUUUCCUUAGCAUGAAAAUACAAUGAAUAAUUGUUAUCAUACUAUGUAUAUGCUGCAGUAAGAUACCCUGUGAACAUCGCGUAUUAAAACACAUAUGUUACCUUACAAGUGUACUGUAAAUUAAAGUCUAAACAGUGAUCUUACCUAUCGCAUCAACUGCAGACCAUACUGCCUGACUUUUACAUUUAAGAAUGUUUCACAUAUCGGUAGUGUCACAAGAUAGACUAACAAUUAAAAAGGAAUCCCCGUGUUAAUUUGACAAUAUCUUAUUUGUAAUUAAGAAUAUCAUCGGCAAUUAUACGGAGAGACAUUUGAUGUGCAGACUACCAAAUUUAAUGACUGUUCGUCGGUAUUGCCAGUUGUAUUUUUCUUCGUUUGCUUUUUGCUGCUUGUGUUCAAACCAUUGAUUAAAUAUGUUCAUGCACUACUAUCAAUAGAUGAAACAAAGUACACAUUAUACAAUUAUAGCCUAAAUAUAUAUGUCUACAAAUUUUCUGUGAAAGGUAAUAUGAUAUAGAGAAUAUUACUAGUAUCUUACUGUCUUAAAAAUAAUUAUUAGGUGAGGCGGGGAAAGUACAAGAAAUGGAAGUAUGGGGGUUAGUGGGUGAGUUGGUUUUUACGGCGAAUCGACAUAAAAUGGAGUAGAAAAAUGCUACUGAAAUCAUAACAAAUAAACAACCUUUGUAACACUUUCAUCUUAUAGGGGUGUUCGGAUGUAAUUACAUUUCUCAAAACAAUCAAACAUAUCUCCUUCAAAGCAAUAUACAUUUUGAUCAACUCUGAUUUUUAAAAUAAUAUUAAGUCAUCUUUCUUAAGCAAGUUGAGCGGCAGUUUGUGUAUUCAUGUAUAAAAUCAUUAAGUUAGGUCCACAGUCUCCCGGUAAAUGUCUAUCUAUCUUACCUUUAGUGAUCAAUUUUAAUAAAAUGACGACAUAAAUUUAUACAAAGUAAACUAAACAAACAAACUAUGCACUUGUGAAUAUAUAAUGUCACUUUGAUAUUUCAUAGAUUUUAAAACUAUUUUCAUAUUGAUAAUUAACUAAGAAUGAUGACAUGUAUUACAUUUAGGUUGAGACAUUAAUGAUUUCUUCAUAUAUUGAGAAAUCAAUGUAAUUUGUUUUGCUGUGUUUUUCACACAGCUGUAGUCAAAACCGAUUUAGAUCAGACUUAACUGUUUUCAACUGCGAUAAUACCACGUUUCAAAAUCUUCAAACGAAUGACUGAAACAAUACAUGUAUUUGGUGGCACAUGUUAGUUUAUAGGCGUUAUAAAACAUUGUUGAUUACUAGACAGAAAUAUACAAUGAUACGCCGAGGACUUUGUGUAUUUGGAUUAUUUUCAUUUAUUUUCCUUGCAUUAAUUAUCCAAAGGGAAGUUUUUGGUAAGUAUUUAGUCUCACUUAUCUUGUUUGUAUACACAGAAAUACAUAUGCGCGUGAAAUCCGUUUUAGCUGCUUGACAUUAUUUUCAUUAUACUUACAAUAUUAACUAUCCACGUCAGUCAAACUGAUUUAUUUCAACAUCAGAUUUAAAGUAACACCUACUGAGGAUUUUGCUUAGCACAUUAAACAGUUUUUUCCAACAACUACAAUGAAGAGGGAUUCGCUGUAUGAAGCUUGUUCAGAUGACAAGUUUAAUAUGGACUUUGAUUAAAUAGAAUUUACAUUUCAUAAGAGUAAUUACUUAACCUUACAGAUCAGCUAGUGUUUCUGGAUACGAUACAGUGAAGUGAGAUUGGUGGUUGUUAUCCGCAAGUAACAGACAUUUGCUUUUCUUUAUUUGUAAAAUAUACGGAGAGCUUGAGACAUACCUUGCAGAUACGGUGACGAGGGAAGAUCUCCAACCAGGAACUCUGGGUAAGAACAAAACAGUAACCGGUCACUGACUCAAUACUGCAGAAGAAAUAGUGAUGGACACUCGCGUAGAGCCCAGCCCAACACAGCAAGACAAGCCCUGGAUUUGAGUCCGCAAGGCGCAGUGAGGAGAGGAAGGCCAACAAAUUCUUGCCACAUGAAUCUGGAUAUUGAGCUCGGCGAAACGAAGAUAUUAUUUGGAGAAGCCAAUACCCGGGCCAUGGACCGAACUAGAUGGAGAGCUGUGGUGAAGGCCCUAUGCUCCGAUUGGAAUAAAGAGAAUUAAGUAAAUAAGUAAGUAACGGUUGGGUGUACUGAACUAAAUGCACAUGUACGCAACAUUAAUUUAAGGAACAAUGAAGUAAUGGGGGGAAACUUAUCUUUCGAGAUUUAUUAGUUAAAACAAAUGUGACCUGCAAUCAGAAAGGAAAACUCGCAUAUACAUUCAUAAUGUCUAUCAUGUUGUCAGAAUAAUUUGUACAUCUGAUAUAUUGAUAAUGUAGCAUAUAAGCACAGAUAGUGUUUGACUCCCUUUUCAUGUCGCCAUUGCUAUAAUUAUUGUUGAAUUGCAGUUUAUAAUAGGGUUUGGGUCAUUUAUGGCUAAUUUGGGUUCAUUAUGUUGAAAGCUGGAUCCCAGCAUCACACACUAUGUCAUAUACAACAGUUAAUGGAACCAGAUAUUUGUUAGAGCAAGUACUCGUUGUAAAAUACAAUGUAUAAGUUUGGACCAAUCAGAAACAAGUUCUAUAAAUAACACGUCUGCUAGGGUAUAAAUAGGUAGAUGGAUGACAGAGAGGUCAUUCGGUAUCCAGCGAUUGAAGAAGACACAUCGAGGAUUCAACUAAUAAUUUAUCCCAGUACCUUGAGAAGGAGGUUAUUGCAACUAGCCUGUCAGGGCGGAUAAAUUAUUAAAAAAGGAGACGUUUGAAGUUCAUAGACUAAAGAAGAGUUGCAGAGUUUCAACAAGGUUUCGAGCUAUAGGGCCAGCGCAUAGGAGUUUUACCUUUAUGGUAAUUGAAUGCUAAAGACUGUAGCAAAUAUAGGCUGAGCAUCGGAAAGCUAAGACAGAGACCCAGAGUUUGGUAAUCUACAGAGAGUAGGAGAGUUCAGGUUUAUAGACGGUUCAGUGUUAUUGGCGGAGUACCGCCAAGGCAUCGGGGAUAUACCUAUAUGGUAGUUGAAUGCUACAUGUGAUAGCAUAUAGGCGCUGAACAUCCAGGAGUCAAGGCAAUUAUAUAGAGUUGCAACUUCAAUUAAGAGGACAGAGGCCGAGCAUCUUUACGAUAGGACUCGUAAGUUGUUGAUUCAAAGACAUUGUCUGACGGGAACUUCAACAAAAUGACUAGUCAAGUAUAGAGUCUCUAGCCUACAGGAGUUUGAGCUAAUCAUAAUUAAUUGAAGGUUGUUAGUUUGAAGUAUUUAGUGAUUUUCCUGAUCCCUGAAAUUAUUUAGCUCAUAAUAGAAAUAAUUCACAAAUCAUUGGUACACGAAUCAUUUAGGCAAGAUAGCCAGAGGAAAAUUCUAUAUAUGAAAUAUUUGGUCUCACCAGCUAUACGUUUUAACAAAGGACAUUCUACUUCGUUUGUCAGCUAGUCUAAGACAUAGUCACCUUAGCUAUAGGAUCUAUUUCAUUGUUCAAAAUACUAAACGCGUAGGCACUUCCCUUGGUCAUAUAACACGUAUCCUGACACAUGUGUAAUACUGUCAAAAUAGAAAAAGUGGCAGCUCCACAAGUCGCCAAAUUCGACAAAAAUUAGAACGUUACAGGCUCGGUUAGAUAGAACAUGUUCCAGGAAAGUUGUGAAAAAUACAUGUAAACAUUGUUUUGUAUGAAGAAUAUAAUCGUAAUUCAAAAACAAGGACAGUGAUCUGAUAGAGAAGGGACAGAAACAAAACCCUGCAACACUUGUGUGUAUUCGUAAACGAUCUUACAUACAUACAUACAUACAUACAUACAUACAUACAUAGACGAGUAGACUCCAAACACAAAACAAACAUAUAAAGGAACACAGCGGGACAUCGUCUUGGAAUGGUCAAUGGAGUCCUUGCUCUUUAUCCUGUCACGUUCCAAAGUUACAGCUUACAAAACUGCAGCGGAGUUUGGUGGAUACAGACGAAACCACAUUAUCAGCAACCUCGUGCUCAGUCCAGUUAAUGGAAAAGUGUUCAGACGACACAAGCGCGGGCUCACUGGCAUAGACGUGGGAAAUCGGGCGAAUAAACUGAUCACACCAUCAGUCAUAAUAAGAACAAUAAGGCCACAUUCAACUGGUACAACUUCUCCGAAACAGACUACACCGAAAGUUACAACACCGACAGUGACAACAACAAAAGAGACAACACAGAAAGUGACAACAACAAAAGAGACAACACAGAAAGUGACAACAACAAAAGAGACAACACAGAAAGUGACAACAACAAAAGAGACAACAACGAAAGUGCCGACAACGAAAGUGAUAACAAUGAAGGGGACGACACCUACAAAGACACAAAGUAAACGUCCGAUUGUCAAACGCGGUAAUUCAAAAUAUAAGGCCAAAGGAAAACCAGGUCAAACAAAAAUCCGGAGCGGUAAAAGGUGGAACGAUGCUCUAUCUACUAUUUUUUGAACGUGAAUAAAAUCGCUUUCAAAGUUUAACUCGUGUCUAGUUUCUGUAUUUCUGGGCUAAAAUGAUAAUAAAGUAUCUACUUG